CCUUGCCUGCCUUAUCCAGAGUCACGUAGCUCUGCAGCACUCAAGGCAGAUUUGACAUCCGAAGCGACUCCGACGCUGUCUGCACAUCCAGCCGCUCUUUGGGAGGAGAAACACCGAGGUGUAACACCACCAGCGGAGAUGACGCACCAGUAUCCGGCCUUGGAGCCGGAGCAGAAGAAGGAGCUGGCGGACAUCGCCCAGCGGAUUGUGGCCCCUGGGAAGGGCAUCCUGGCCGCUGAUGAGUCCGUCGGCAGCAUGGCCAAGCGCCUGAACCAGAUCGGGGUGGAGAACACAGAGGAGAACCGCCGGCUCUACCGCCAGCUCCUCUUCAGCGCCGACAGCCGCAUCCAGAGCUGCAUCGGAGGGGUCAUCUUCUUCCACGAAACCAUGUACCAGCGGGCUGACGACGGGACCCCCUUCGUGGACAUGAUCAAGGAGAAGGACAUUAUGGUCGGCAUCAAGGUGGACAAAGGGGUCGUGCCGCUCGCUGGGACUGAUGGGGAAACCACCACCCAAGGUCUGGACGGCCUCUCGGAGCGCUGCGCCCAGUAUAAGAAGGACGGGGCCGACUUUGCCAAGUGGCGCUGUGUCCUCAAGAUCACGGAGCACACGCCAUCAUCCUUGGCCAUCAUGGAGAAUGCCAACGUCCUGGCACGCUACGCCAGCAUCUGCCAGCAGAAUGGUAUCGUGCCCAUUGUGGAGCCGGAGAUCCUGCCUGAUGGGGAGCAUGACCUGAAGCGCUGCCAGUAUGUGACCGAGAAGGUCCUGGCUGCGGUCUACAAAGCCCUGAGUGACCACCACGUCUACCUUGAAGGGACGUUGCUCAAGCCCAACAUGGUGACCCCAGGCCAUGCCUGCUCCACCAAGUACAACCCAGAGGAGAUUGCCAUGGCCACCGUCACUGCCCUGCGCCGGACCGUUCCACCAGCAGUGCCAGGGAUCACCUUCCUGUCCGGCGGGCAGAGUGAGGAGGAGGCCUCCCUGAACCUGAACGCCAUCAACAACUGCCCCUUGGCCAAGCCCUGGGCAUUGACCUUCUCUUACGGCCGGGCGCUUCAGGCCUCGGCCCUCAAUGCCUGGCGUGGGGAAAGGGAUAACGAGGAGGCCGCUACCGAGGAGUUCAUCAAGCGGGCUCAGGCCAACAGCCAGGCGGCCCUGGGCCAAUACGAAGGUUCGGGUGAAGACUCCGGGGCCGCGGGGCAGUCCCUCUACGUGGAAAACCAUGCCUACUGAGGCCCCGCCCCUCCCAAGCCCCGCCUCCAGGGACCCCCACUUGCUUCCCUUCAUCUUAAGCCACUCCCUCUUCCGCCCCAGCUGCUGCUGCUUUCGUAGCCACCAGAGAGAGCCACAUAGCCACCGAGAGUCCGGCGCCAUUCUGGGAAAGCGGGGCUGCAUCUCAACCCAAGCCUACCUUGCAGUGUUGUUGUAGGGCGGCAAGGAAGAAUGCCACCCAGACCCAGUUUGUAGAAUUGCAACCUGGACUGACAUUGCUGGGCUGUCGUAGGGCAGCAACAUCCUGACUGACCUUGCAAGGCUGUUGCAGGAAAGUAUUGCAGCCCCAACCUCCCUUGCAGGGCUGUCGCGGGGCUGCAAUGGGGAGUUAUAACCCAUACCUCCUUUGCAGGGCUGUUGUAGGGCUGCAAUGUGAAAUGGAUACCCAGACCCACCUUGCAAGGUUGUUGUAGGAAUGUAUUGCAUCCUGAACCUCCCAUGCAGGGCUGUUCUUGGGUUGCAAUGGCAAAUGGCAACCUCAGAUCUACCUUGCAAGGCUGUUGUAGGAAAGUAUUGCAACCCCAAGCUAUCUUACAAGGCUGUUGCAGGAAGGUAUUGCAACCCAAACCUCAUUUGCAGGUUGUUGUAGGGUUGCAAUGGGGGAUUAGAACCCUAGAUGUACCUUGCAAGGCUGUUGUACGAAAGUAUUGCAUCCUGAGCCUACUUUGCAGGGCUGUCGCCGGGCUGUAAUGUGAAAUGGAUACCCAGACCCACCUUGCAAGGUUGUUGUACGAAUGUAUUGCAUCCUGAACCUCCCAUGCAGGGCUGUUCUUGGGUUGCAAUGGCAAAUGGCAACCUCAGAUCUACCUUGCAAGGCUGUUGUAGCAAAGUAUUGCAAUCUAAACCUUGCAAGUUUUGGAGGGUUGUUGUAGGGCUGCAAUGGGGAAUUAGAACCCUAGAUGUACCUUGCAAGGCUGUUGUACGAAAGUAUUGCAUCCUCAGUCUACUUUGCAGGGCUGUUGUAGGGUUGCAAUGGGGAAUGGCAACCCCAGAUCUACCUUGCAAGGUUGUUGCAGGGAAGUCUUGCAAGCCAAACCUGUUGUUGGGUUGCAAGAGAAAAACAGUGGCCUAGUCCUUCACUGGAGGGUUGUUGUGAGCUGGUGGGGAGGGCCUACCUUGGAGGGCCGUUGCACGGAUUUGGGGGCACCAUCACUGCCGCCAACACCCCCCGUCCAAUAUUUCUGUCUAUAUGCAACUAUUAGGGGUGACCCUUUGCACUUUGACCUCAGCCAUAGCUUUGCGGCCCAUCCUCGUGUCGCACGAGAGUCGUGAACAAUUUACCGUGCGCUCUGUGCUAAGCUGUAUACCGAAACGUAGUCCUCGAACUAAUAAAAAACUAUAGAGGAGUUGUGACACCA